GCAAAGUGUCCAGAGGCAAUUCACCACCGCACAGCGCACCUGUCUCCUGUUACUCCCUUUUUACACCCCCCAAGAUCGCACUUUCAUACGGCAUAUACCAGUUCGCGGGCACCAUGGCGUCCUUCUUCUCGAGCGUACGCCAAGGCUUCGGUGGUCGCUCCAAUAAAGGUGCCCAAGGCAAAGGGAACAACGGCCAGGACACGCCUUCACCGACUACGCCAUCAUAUUCGCCGUCCACGGCCCAGCCGCCGAGUGUCCCUCCCAUGCCACAUUCCCCUGCAUUGUCUUCCGCCAUGUCGCUUGAAACUCCCGGUUCGGACGGUCAAAAUACCUCCAACUCCAACGCUCGCCGGCCGCCAUUUUUCUUCCGGGAAGAGUACUCUUCCCUAAUUGUUAAGGGUAAUUUUAUGACCUUGGCCGCAAAGCCGAGACUGGUGGAAGAGGGUGAAUGGCUCGCCCAUCAAGUUGUCGAGCAGUAUCGUCUGCUGGAACAGAUGAUCGACAUGAUCAAAGUUGUAGAUGAGAGGACACAGAGACCGAUUUGCAAUCCAGAGGUGUGUCCCACCAUGUCCGCGAGUGUUCAUACAUACACCUGGCUAGACAACAAGAAGAACCCGAUCAAGAUACCCGCCAUCCAAUAUAUCAACCUGGUGCAGAAAUGGAUCGUUGGAAAAAUCAAUGAUCCCUCCAUCUUCCCCACAGACACCUCGUCUGUAUCAUUCUCGGGCAAUGGCUCGAGUUACGCCUCCGGCUCUGCAACUCCAGGGUCGUCCACGCCCCAACCUUUGGGACCGACGAAUCUGAAUGCCUCGCUUUCUCAACUUUCAGGCCGAGACUGGUUAGGCAAGUCGUCCGGCUUCCCGGAGACGUUUGAGAGCGACAUCAAGAGCAUCUACCGUCAGAUGAUGCGCUGCUAUGCCCACAUUUAUCACGGCCACUGGCUAGAUCCCUUCUGGAACGUCAACGCGUACAAGGAGCUCAACACGUGCUUCAUCCACUUUGUCAAUGUCGGUAAGCUCUUCGGGCUGCUCGGUGACAAGGAGAUCGAGCCCAUGCAGCCCCUGGUCGAUUUGUGGCUGGCAAAGGGCCUACUACCGCCGCCUCCGCAGCAGCAGCCGCAGCAGUCGCAGAAUCAGAAUCUGGCGCCGGCAGCAAGCAGUCAACAGACCGUUCCGGCGGCUGCCUAAAGGGGACGGAUAUUGAGCAUCAGGCUAAGGGACUGGAUGCUACGGGAGGGCCGUUUUGUUGAGGCAUCUGAACAGCGUUAGAGGCGAACGGCGUUUUUAUGGCAGGCCAACGCCAGUGAGGUUACAUCAUGUAUUGACGCAGCAUCUUAGUGGACAAACAGCAAUCUAUUUUACUUGGCUCCUGAACUUUUCUGGAUUCCACAUGUUUAUCUUGCCAUGCCGUUUCCCGCUUUUGAUCGUUAGGAGGAUGAUAAGUACGAUGGUGAGAUUGUGGUUAUUUAGAAGCCUGUAUGAACUUUGAUGACUUUCGUUCUGGAUGUGCACUAAGAUGGAG